AUGUUUCCUUGUAAAUACAGAACCGCCGGGUUCAAGGGCUACGCUGUGAAAUUCAGCCCCUUCACCGACCGACUAUUAGCAUCCGCCGCCAGCGCCAACUUUGGUCUAGUAGGAAACGGACGCCUUUCCAUUCUAACCACCACCACAACCAACACCAAUAACUCCAGGACACAAUCAAACACUAACAACUCCCCACUAACAAUACUCCCACAACAACACUACGGCACCCAGGAUGGACUCUUUGAUCUCUCCUGGAAUGAACUCCACGAAAACCAACUGAUUUCAGCCAGCGGUGACGGCAGCAUAAAGCUCUGGGACAUUACAUUGAAAACCCACCCGGUGGCUAAAUGGAAAGAGCAUAAGCGCGAGGUCAUGAGCGUGGAGUGGAACUAUACGGCGAAAACCACAUUUCUAUCAUCGUCUUGGGAUGGCUCCGUGAAGCUAUGGAAUCCAGUUCAUGCACAGGGCUCGCGGCUGUGUUACACCGCGGCGUGGUCGCCCAGACAUCAGGAUCAGUUUGCCUCCUGCGGUGAGGACAAGAGCAUCCGGCUGUGGAGCACCAAUGCCCCCCAGAGUCGCUCUAUCGCAUCGUUCGGUGGACAUACAGAUCAGGUGGUUUCCUUGGACUGGAAUAAGUAUUCUCCAGACAUGUUUGUCACGUCAUCGACCGACAGGACUAUCAAAAUCUGGGAUACUCGGAAUUUGCGCGGAAGCGUCACGAUGUUUGGCCCCUUUGAGUUCCCCGUGCGCAGGGUCAAGUUCUGCCCCUUCUCGCCCCACUUUAUUGCCACUGCUGGAUACGACAUGUCGGCGAGUGUUUGGGAUGUGCGUAAUGGCUCUGUCACCUUUGUGCACGAUGCACAUACCGAGUUUGUCUUUGGUAUUGACUGGUCUUACUUCCACCCUGGCCAAAUCGCAUCAUGCGGAUGGGACGAACAAAUCCAUGUUUUCAACGUCCCGCUUCCGCAAUAG